GCCACCCCUAAAAGAAAGGAGAUCUACACGCUGAGAGCGCGGCGAAUGGACGAAUUGCGAGCCUUAAAGGUGUGAAGAGGUGUUGGAGGAUUUGGUCUUGGUUGCCUCGUUAUAGGCUGGGCAUAUGCGUCCCAUGGGGUUGGGUCGUGGGUGUGUGUGUGGUUUGCGUGUGCGUCUCAGUCGUUGACAAGGCUGCCUUUUGUCGGCCCAACAAAAUCCGUGCUUACGUCGCUUUGGGGAAAUCAUCUCAGGACUCCCGUUUUCCCUUGGGGUUUGAUUCCUUCGUUUAGUGCGUAUAUUCCGAGGUAGAGUAGUACAACAGGAACAGGCCUUCCACCAAAAGCACCGACGAUGGUUCGUGAGAUCAAUUCGAGGCCCGAGGCCUGGGAACUGGAGGCACGGCGGCGCGAGGUGGCUGAGGUUGCUCCGGAGAUCAAGCCUGAGGUAUACGGUUCCGGGGUAGAUGCCAUUUUGGACCGACAAGUCCAGGAAAUUGUCAGCGAUGACAGACCGAGCACUUCCGACGAACCGUAUAUGGGUACCUCGUUGGAUCCAAAGUCCCCUGAAGCUAUCGAUCAGGGAUGGGUCGACGUCGCAAACACCACGACCGAGGCGUCUCCUGAUACACAAGAUCCCGAACCUAUCAAGCAAAAACCGGUCCGCGUGAGCGCCCCAAGCGCAGAGACAGUCCUGGACAUGAAAAUAAACGAUAUCACCAAUGGGAAGUUCCUAGACGAACUACGAAACCUCCUCCGCCAGGGUGCGAACCCAAACACCAUGUCCGCCCAAGGAACCAUCCCCCUCUGCGAACACGCCCGGCGCGGAAACCUAGACGCGGUCAACUUACUCCUUACCCACGAAGCCGACGUGAACCUCCCAGACGCAAGUGGUAGAACAGCGAUAUCAUACGCCGCGGAAACAACCAACCCAGCGAUGGCCCGUCUGCUUAUGACAGCCCCGGAUGUAGACAUGAACCUCAGAGACGGGGAUCUACGGGCGCCGUUAUGGUAUGCCCUCUGUGCGUGGAUUAAAUCCGGCCGGAUCUUUGUGCCUGAUACGGAUACCUUGUUUGUGCUGCUUGGGGACGAGAGCGUGAGGGUUGAGGAUGUUGAUGGAGAGGGAAGGGGGUUGUUGCAUCUUGCUGCUGCGGCUGGGGUUGCGGAUCUCGUGGAGUUUUUGUGUGGACGGGGAGGCGUUGAUGUGAACAGGAGGGAUGGGAGGGGAGAGACAGCUGUUGGGUAUGCUUUGGGGGCGGAGGAUGCGAGGUUGCUUGGGGUGUUGUUGAAGUAUGAGGCUGGUAUCACGGUGGUUCAGGGGAAGGGGUUUGAGGUCGUUUCGCCGAGGAGGAGGAGGCGAUGGGUUGAAGGGCGAUGGUGCUAUGCUCGAAUUGUAGACUGAGUCUGGUAUUUUAACUGUGACUGUCUUGACUAGCGUGACUAUUUUGACUACCGCUCUAGCUUGAAUCCACCCUUUUACGCGUAUGCCUCUAUGAAUGAUAGCAAGAAAGAAAGGGCUCAACAUCAGUGGGUAGGCAAGUGGAUCUCAUGCCUUAUCAAUUUUGAUUCAAUCCGUCAUCCGGAUAGUCUUGAAGGAGCCUGGUUAUGAGGAACCUGGCUGGGAGGAACUUGGUCGGGAGGAAUUGGUUAGAAGUCUCGCCAUUGAUGCCAAAUCGGCCUCUCUACCCGAAGUUCC